AUGGCGGCGGUUAUGGACGAUACGUCUACAAUUGAAGUUGAUCAUACCGAUUAUUUUACCACUACUCAGUUGUUUGACUCGAAGGAUGAGGUAGUGGUUUGGGUGAGAUGGGAGGUCAGAGUAGUAUACGGGAAGCAUAAUCAUGUUCCGAUAUACAAGUCCGGGCAUGGGAUGAGUGCAUUGUCUCAGGAGGAGGCGAAGAUCAUUAGUGAUCUGUCACAAAGUCAUGUGCCGCCCAAGAAGAUUUUGGCUAACUUGAGACAAAAUGGUUUGGGUCUCGAUGCUUAUUCGAAACAAAUAUACAAUGAGAAGGCGAAAUUGAAAAGACUAUCUAGGGGUGACCGUACACACUUACAAAACCAAUCAGUACAAAUUGCCUUUGUUGGAGAUUGUUGGUGUGUUGUUGUUACUCCUGUCGGGAAAAAUUUUACUGUUGCAGUCGCAUUUUUGCGCCAUGAAAAUGAAGACCAUUACACAUGGGUGUUGCAAAAGCUGAAGAGACUUUCCCCCCCUCAGACUCUACCUAGUGCCAUCGUGACUGAUCGAGAGUUAGGGCUCAUAAAGGCGCUAGAGAAUGUAUUUCCGACCGUACCUCAUCUCUUAUGUCUUUGGCACAUUAACAUGAAUGUGGGGCGUCGUGCUUCAAGAUGUCUCGGCAAUAGUAGGCGUCGUGGCACGGCUUUUGUACUUGGUACGUGGCAAACUUUGGUAAAAUCAGUGUGUGAAGAAGAUUUCGCCAGGAAUUACACAGCUUUGACGGACGAGUACGCGAAUUAUCCAGAUUUGAUUGAGUAUCUCCAAGACACUUGGCUCGUAUACAAAGAGAAAUUUGUAAAAGCAUGGACGGAUCUAAUUUUCCAUUUGGGUAAUACAUCGACAAGCAGGGUGGAGAGCAACCAUAGAGCAUUGAAGAGAUGGUUGGAAUCGUCCACGGGUGGCUUCGACACAUUUUGGGCACAGUAUCACUCACAGAUGAAAGAUCAAUUUAACGAGAUACUAGCCGAUUUUGCAAAAUCAAAGAGGAUUCGGGCCCAGACGAUCAACGUGCCCGUAUUUAAAAUAUUGUCCAGUGGAAUUGUAACACAUAAUGCUCUGCAGAUGUUGGACGAUGAGAAGGAUGAAGACAUAGACGGUUGCGUCUGUUAUAUGAGGAAAUGUCUUGGACUCCCAUGCAGACAUGAAAUUCGUGCAAAGAUGAAUGCACGACGUGGUGUGUUUUAUGCAGAGGAUGUCCUCAUUUUUUGGAGGACAUUUAUUUCGGGAUUCGGGGAUUCCCUAGAUGAAAGUGUUGGUUCUGUUCCCGACCACAGGUCACAGGCUAUUGGCAGGCUAGAAGGGUUAAUGAAUGAUUUGCGUGAGCGGUCAGAAAUUGAGAUCACGGACGUGACAGAUGUCAUUUUUGAACGAAUGCAUCCCGGGGCUAUGGAAAUGAAUGAGCCACGAGUACUAGACUGCCCGAGAGGUAGACCGCGGACGAACUCUACACAGAGGGAUCUGUCAGGGCAUGAGUUUCCAUUAUAUCCGAGAGAAGGUGAAGAGUCUGGACGAGGACGAGGACGAGGACGAUCACGAGGCAACAGUGGGAAAAAAUCUGCUCUGACCUUCGAUCCACUCUUAUCCACGAACAACAACUUUCCGAGCAAGUAUGCAAUAUAUGCUCGUACCCGAUAA